AGAAAAAUUUAUGCAGGUUCCUCCUAUCCACGAAUUAGACAUGAAAUUAGCCUUGUAAAUUUGGAUAUACUCUGUGUCCUCUAAAACUAUUAUUACAGUGAAAUGAUAUUGGAAUAGUUCUAGAUCUACGUCUCAAAAUAUUUUUGGGUUGUUAUAAUACAUAAUAAGCUAUUUUGUACUUUAGUAGGCCAACCUCAUCAGCUGAGUGAGGGUCAAGAAUCGCGAUUAGAAAAUCAGAUAACUUGAACUAACAGCUCACCAUGGGACAAGCAGGGUCUAAGCAAGAAAUGUUUUGGGAGGCUUGUGGGUUUGGACGAGCUCACUUGGUUCAAAAAUUUAUUGAGCAUGGCAUUGAUGUCAACUGGGUGUCAUCAAUUCAUGGCUGUAGCCCCAUUCACGUUGCAUCACAAGGCAAGGCGGAUGUUGUACAGCUGUUGAUAGAAGCUGGUUGUGACCUCACUGUUGUUGACUCGAGAGGAAACACGGCAGUCCACCACGCAGCAAUGCAGGGUCAUGCCGACAUUAUCCAGAUGUUGGCUGAUGCUGGGGCAGAUGUCAAUGCCCAAGAUAAAAAUGGAUGGACUCCCCUGCACUGUGCUGCCUACUAUGCCCACUUGAAAGCUGUAGAAGUUUUGGUGAGGAACAAAUGUGACAUCAAUAUACUCAACAAGGAUGGCAGGUCGGCUCUGAUUGAGACAGCCAGGUCUAAAAAAUACACAGAGGAGAAAACCCUUGGAGAGAUAGCCAGACAUUUAAUCAAGGCUGGAUGUGAUGUCAACCUCAAAUGUGCUGAUCUAGGGGAGGCUAACUUCACUGGAUUGAUGUUUGCUGCUUACCACAAUCAUGUAGAUGUGGCAGCUGCUUUCAUUGAUGGGGGAUGUGAUCUGGAUUGUGCCAGCUGUUAUACCAAGUGGACAGCACUGCAUUGGGCCGCUGACUGUGACAACUCAGAAAUGGUUUACAUAUUACUUGAGGCUGGUGCUGACCCAACUAAAACUGGAAUGAGAGGUGAGCUGGCUUCUGACAGGUCAAAGGACACAGAGGUGAAGGAAGUUCUGGACAAAGCUGUGAUCACCUUCAGGGAGGCAGAGGGCGGUGAGAACACCUCCCUGUCUUCUGCUCAUUCAUUCAAUGCCCAGGCAUCGCUAGACACUGCCAGGGCACUGGAGUGUCUGUCCACACAUGCCAAGAAUCGAGACAUUCUUUCAGCCCCCAUGCCCACAAUGCCUGCAUUGGGCAUUGCAUCUCGAUCCGACCCCAAAGUUCGCUACACUCGCCGGAAUGUGAAUGAAGUAGCUAUCAAGAACAUCAACGCCAAUUUUCCAUGGAAGAGCUACUCCAAACAAGGGUCACCCAGUCCUGAUAAAGACGGCUUAACUGGUAACGGGGAGGAAGGGGAACGGAGGAAAAUGUUUCCCUCACAGGAUGACAAGACCAAUGCUUUCAUGGACUCGUUAGCCCAGCGCAUCAACUACAUGACCAGUAAAAUUGCUUCCAUGUCAAAUUAUGAUACCAAAACAGAGGCAGAACGAUCCAACGGAAACCUCAACGGGCAAGUUUCUGGAUCAGAAGGAGCAGUGAGUACAUGUAAAAACGGGGUGGAUAGUUCUGAGGAUUCUGGGUUGUCAACCCGAGACAGCAGUCGUGUAGCUUCAGAGCUGGCGUCCCCCGAGGAAGGGACCACCAACACUCUGGCGCUGGAUAUAAACCACUCUACCUCCAGGAGUGAGGAUGAUAAAAGCCCCAAAUCCACAUCAGGAACCUCAUCCAAACUAUCAAGCCCAUCCAAAUUAUCAAGCCCAUCCAAAUCUGAUAUGCUUGAUGCUGAAGCCGACGCUUGCAUUAUUGAGGAAAGCCACCGUGGGUUCUCCAUCUUGCGAGCCCUGCAGGAGAGGCAUCGUCGCAGCAUGUGUCUGGACGAGGCCUCUAUAGCACAAGCCACCAAAGAAUCCGCUCCUGGCUCCGAGGUGUUCUCCCAGGUGUAAGGUACCCAGUAGCUAGCUCUUCAGUCUUUCUAGUUACCCUUUUUUCUUUCUAACCCUCCGUACAAAGGUUGUAGACUCAGGAGUCUGGUGCUAUAAGGUGCACUCAGUCUGUUUUGUGUUUGUACAUGAUUGUGAAUUGUUUACUAUAAAAACACUCAGCAUUUUACUAGACACUUUUCCCUACUAUUUCACUUUUCUUACUUGGGUAAGAUUUCCUGUUUGUGAAAAUAUUUUUUUUUUUUAAUAUCAAAAGUAGAUUUUUUUAAACAGUUGAAACAACCAUUACCAUUGGAACCAUUCCCAUAGCAGCAUUGUCUUUUUCUAUACUAUGAAGUGGUAGGUUUGAAUAUAUCUCUUGUUUAGUUUAUAUCUAGCACAAUAUUUGCUUUACUGAAGUAUAACCAUGUACAAUAGCUCAUAUUUAUUCAACUUUGUGUGGCCAAUUCUUAACUUAUUGGUGGUGGAUUCUCAACUACAUAAUACUGUUUUUUUUCCCGUCACAUCCUUUACUUUUCAACAUCAUUCAAGAUGGCAAUAAAGGAUGCAAUUAAUGAAUGCAUUUAACUAUCGCUAGCACAUGUAUUUUAAACCGCAGACACAUUUUUUAACGGUAAAUAAUCGCUAGCUGAAGGCAUGUACCUAAAGUUGAUAAAAAACAUUAAGUCAAAUUGUGUUUAUUUAUAACAAUGAUUUUUGUACUUUAAAACAAAAGAAAAAAAUGGUGCUAUCAAAUUUACAGUUUGAUGUAUCUUUGUUUGUAUUCAUGACUGUACUUUUCAAGUAUUUUAACUACAAUAACAAACUGUUGAAAUCCUCUAUCAUUCCUAUCUAUUUGCGAUGCAAUGGAGUUGUCUAACCUGCCACUAACAAAAAAUGCAUAAUGCAUACAGCUGCUUAUUGGAGUACAGAGGCACAACUUCUCAGAAAGCUACAAAGGAAUUAUGUAAGAGAUAAGAAGCUAUUACUGUAUUCUAAUGUUUCCUGCAGCUAUGCAUACAUAUCACAUCUUUUACAAUGAAGAAAAGCCCAGUUGCUGAUGAAAAUUUCUAACUUUUCUUAACAUAGUUAUAUAAUGUUUGCUUUCAGUUUUAAAUUAUUUUCUGUUUCAUACGAUCCAAUAGGAAUGUAUAUUAUAAAAAUAUUUUUUUUUAUCAAAAUUUCUCUUUUUAUAAAAAAAGAAUGCUUGAAAGAAUUAUUUAUGUAAAUUUGUUGCACCUAACAAUCCUGAUUUUGUUUCGUUUAAUUAAUAUUUCGAUAUACCUAUGGAUACUAUGGAUUUCAGAAUUACAUGAAGAGCAAUGAUAUAUAUUCAAAAUAUAAAUUAGCAACCACUAAAAAGCGAAAAAAAUGUUUAGCUUUUAAACUUGGGAUGAAGAAAAAUAUAAGAAGUUGCAAUAAUAUCUCUCUGGGACCAUGAUGUUUACAUUUAUAACCGUUGUCAACAGUAUCACUGCUCUUAGAGUCCUGUGUGUUAGAAUAACCACUGUUCAUAGAUCCAUAGUUGGUUCAUGCUAGAUCCUUAGUUAGAGGCUCUCUAUGUAUAAAGUUUUCAAAUGUGCUUAAGAAAGUUUAUGUAUGUACAUUUGUUGUAAUCAAAUCCUAGCUAUCUCUUGUUAUCAAUAUCACUUCACAUCGUUAAGUGAGGUACAUUUAGAGCUUCUUUGUAGCCUGAUUUAUUAUAAUUAUAAUACAUCAUCAGUUUUUAAACUUGAAAAAUUAUGGCUUUAUCAUUUACUUUUAUACUUUUAAGUAUUAAAUACAAGACAUGUUGAAAACUUGUUUUUCGGACCACAGGUCUUCAAUGUCCAUGUAUUUAACUGUUGAGUUUUCUAUUUUUUUUCUUGGAUAUGUAUGGAAUGCAUCCAAAAAUUAAAUUUUCUUCAUUUUUUUCAAUUGUACUUUUGAUGACAGCACUUUUGAGUUUAGUGUUACUUCAACUUGACCCAGAUAGGCAGUUAUUUCUGAGGUUGUGAAUAGACAAAUAUCAUUGUUUGGAUUCUUUCAGUGUUUAACUGAAGUUAUCAAUGUCCCCCGUAGCUUUGUACCACACUCUAUUGUUACAUCCCCACAACACUUGUAUUCAUUUGUAUGGACCUAAAAAUCAACAUACAAUGGUUCCUUUAUUGAAGGUAAUAUCAAAUACAGUUUUUUUAUAAACCUUAGGUAUCAUCAACAUACAAUAUGUUUAUUUAUUCACCUUUUAUUCAAUAUACAUAAGUCAUGUGCAAAAGUUCACAUAAUUAUUUUUAUAGGAAUUUUAAACUGUUGUGUCUGCUAAUCUAGUCCUGUCUUAAAAUAAUCCAGGUUGUUAUUAAUGUUAAUUUUAGAUUUGUUUCACUUUGGGCUGAUUUUUCAAAAACUGUGUUGUAAAUAGUCUCUCUCAGAUAUUUUCCUAGUCAAUGCCAGAUUGCAAUUUUAAGUAAUUUUUUUUUUAUAUUUUGCAAUCCAAUCGACCAAGAAGGUCAACAAUCUGAUGCCAAGUUUAGUUCAAUUGUAUUUAAAAAAAUUCCUGAUCAUAUACAUAAUCAUAACAUUAUAUGAUAUCAAUUUUUGCUUAGGUAAUGUUUUAGCAUCAAGUCUGCUAUGUUUUGAAAAAAUUGAAUAAUAAUGUAAAUCUUUAUAAACAUAGGUGGCCAUUGAGGCAAAUGUUGUAGCCAUUACUUGUCUGAAUGACUGUAAGCCUUUAUAAACAUUGGUGGUCAUUGAGGCAAAUGUUGUAGCCAUUACUAGUCUGAAUGGCUGUAAGCCUUUAUAAACAUUGGUGGUCAUUGAGGCAAAUGUUGUAGCCAUUACUAGUCUGAAUGGCUGUAAGCCUUUAUAAACAUUGGUGGUCAUUGAGGCAAAGGUUGUAGCCAUUACUUGUCUGAUUGGCCUGCAAAAGUUUUAAGCUAGAACACUGCCCACUGAGUAUGUCUACUAGACCUCAGUCAGGCAUCAAUCAGAGCUGCUCCUGUUUGCAGUCUCUUGAGUCCUGUGAUUAAAAUCUAACCACAGUGUAGUUAAUCUUUAAUAUUAAAAGAUAAAAAUUUCAACUUACAAAAAAGUAAGUUAAGAUUAUUAUCAAUUUUUCAUAUUAUUCUCAAUAAAGCCAAAAUUGAAUUGUUUUUUUUUU